AUGUCUGAGUUCUUCAUCCCGCCUAAGGAAAUCUCAUUCCGUCUCAAAAACAAGAAGACGGAGAAGGUUCUUUUCUCCCGAGAGAAGAGCCCAGGCUUUGGCCAUUUCAGCGGCGAUGCCUUUGCUGAUCAAUGGUGGUGUCUUGUACCCGGAGACGGAGAUUACAAAGGACAGUAUCUGGUGAAGAGCAAGUUCACCGAAAACGUUCUGUUCUCCAGAACAGCGAAGAGUCCCAGAGUCGAUCAUCAUGAUGGCAAUGGCAAGUGGGCAGAUCAGUGGUUCAAACUAGAGCCGGGCACGGGAGAUCGCCAGAAUUGGUUCCGGCUUAUGAAUCCUUACAGCAACACAGUUGUGGUUUCUGUCGAUGGAGUCACCAAUGCGAAAGCCGAUGCUGCCACCGACGAUAGCCAGUACUGGUCUUUCGAAUUCGAAGACAUGGAAUUUGUUGGCCUGGACUACGAUAUCAACCAACAGAAGGUUUUGUCUAGCACACCUGCUGUCGUUGGUUCGAAUUCGCAAUCGAACAAUACUGAUUCUGUUCAAACAAUCACGCUCACACUUACCGAGACUACGACCACUACUAGCACCUUCGAGCAUUCAUAUGGUAUAACGAUCACGGGCACUGUAAGCGCCACGUUUGGCUGGCCAAGCGUCAUUGAGGGUAGAGUCGAAAUCUCCGUCGCUCAAACCAAGGAUUUCAAGUGGGGCAAACAGAACACGGAAACCAAAACUGCCACUCUUGAGAUAGCAGCGACGGCCAAACCAUUUUCCAAGGUCACUGCCAUAGCUACAGCAACCAAGUCUGACAUUGAACUUCCAUUUACCAUAACUUGGAAGUCCAAAAAGACCGGUUACGAAGUCAAGUCGAAGGGCGUGUACAAAGGCACGAGCUACUGGAACACUACCACCGACCUCAAGCAGAACCAGGAUGGUGGAAACAGAGAACUAGACCCGGAUGAUGGGUCGGAAGGAUGGGAAAAGGCUGAAGUGAUUUCGCGCACCGAGACUACGGCUACGAACGAGGAACGCAGUCUAGACGACGAAAACCCUGAGGGCAAGAGGAAGGAUUUCGUGAGGAAUGCCCAGGAAGACGAGUGUGAGUUGAGUCAAGAUACCUGGCGCGAAUGA